AUGGAGGACAACUCGGUAUUGAAUGAGGACUCGAAUUUAGAGGAUAUCGCUGCGUCGGCGCCUCGCAAAUCAAUGUCUCAGCCGUCCCUUGCUGGUCUCGGCGAACCAAAAAAAGGGCUUUCCAACGCGUUUUCCGCCUCGAACGUCCGUAGUAUCCCAAUUAUACAGACGUGGCACGAGAAUGAGGAGAUGAAAGGGCAGAUCUAUACUCUGCGGUGUGAAGUGCAGAUGCACGAGCGGAAAUAUCUGGAAGCGAAGGGACUGUGCCAUCGGAAUGUGCAGGAUGUGAUGGAUGAGUAUGUGGAGAUGAAGAUUGCACAGGAUGAUUGGGAACAGAAGAUGCGGCAGUUUAAGCAGAUGGAAAUGGAUAUUGAUGAGUGUUCCCGACAGAAGACGGAGAUGGAGCAACGGAUUCGAGAGUUGGAGCUCUCAUUGACGGAGCAACAAGAACAGAGAGCUACUGUGACGUCAGAUGUGAAUAAUACGACGUGUGGAAGCCUUCGAGGCACUCUCGACGAUAUUAUGAAGAGAAACGACCCGGAUUUCACGUUGACUUCAGGUUACGACGAGAAAAUCGCAGAGUUGGAGGGAAAACUGAUGAGUGAGAUGGAUAAAGUGGCCGAAUUGGAGGAUCAAGUGAAGAAUCUGUUAGAGGAAGUCAAAGAUCAAUCGGCACGUCUCGCACAGUCUGAAAAUGCACGUGCUCAGUUGGAGGAGGCUGCAAGUCAUGGUGUCUCAGUCAUGGUGCCCAACUCGACGUUUGUUAUUGGAAAUGCUCGACAAUCACAAACGGAGCAACAGAUUAAGUACAUCGACGAGUUGGAAACAAAGCUGACAGACGCGAAAUCAGAAAGUGAGAAGGCUCGUCUCGCCCUGGUGGAGUACAUGAAUAAAUGCAGUAAACUGGAGAACGAGAUGCACAAAAUCAAGAAGAAUCAGACAUUCGACACGUCGUCUCUCCUAAUUGGACAGACUUCUGAAGAGUUGAAGGCGCAGAUCACAAAAGUGAACGGAGAGUUGAAUAGUCUGAGAGCAGAGAACCGAGAACUCCGUAUCCGUUGUCACCAGUUGAAUGGAGAGACGGACGAUUGGAAUCUCAGCUCAUCACUUCUCGGUCACAGUCGUCUUAUGGCUGGAAUCUCGUCCACAGAUCUCGUUGAUUCGAUUGAGACGGGCGGUACUUCGAUGAGAAUUGUGCCGAGCAGUGGAGGAGCAGGUCAUUUGGAGGCGGAGCUUGAGGAGAGCAAGUUGCCACUGAUGGAUACGAGUGCGGCGGUGAGAAGUAAACAAGCGUUCGACGCCGCGUACGACGACUUUGAAUCACUCAAGGACGCUCUUCUGAACAAUGACAAUAACACACUCGAAAGUUCAUUCAACUCAUCGAUGCCACCACCGGAUCGUGACGCCACCCAGUCGUUCUUGAGCCAAAAGAGCUUCAAAAAUUCUCCACUCGCAGCUCCUCAGCAGAGACCGAAACCACUCCAACAACUUAUGACGUCGUCAGGAGCCGAUCAGAUUCAGAAUCACUCGUUCUCCACAAAGGCCACAGCGUCUCCUCAUCCAUCUCAUUUGCCAAUUCUUCAAGACAUGCAACAGAUUCUCGAUUCGUCCGCAAUUCUACUCGAAGGGCAACACGAAGCAGCGGCAAAUGUGGAGAAGAUGCAGGCGAAAAUGUCACAGAUUCGCGAUGCGUUGUCGAGACUUUUCGAGCGUCUGAAGUCAUCCGCAGCGUUGUUUGAGGAUAUUUUGGAGAAGAUGGGAUCGAGUAGUCCACUUGCCGAUCGUAUCAAACAAAUGAAAUUGGCGUUCGAGACGAGUAUCUGCGACCACGCGGACGUGUCGGUCAUCCUUGAAGCGGCCGAGAAAGAUCUGAACAACAUGUCUGUCAACUUCUCGAUUCUCGAAAAGUCAAUUGUUGCCGAGUCGUUUAUUGCAGAUGUGUCGAGACGAUUCACGAUUGCGCCGGAUGCUGAGGAUGUGGCGUCAUCGUCGCUUCUCAACGCUUCGUAUAGUCCGAUCUUCAAGUUCUCGAAUAAUGUUAUGGAGGUUGAGAAACUGCAGAAUGAGGUUGCCGAUUUGAGGAAUGAGUUGGAGAAGGAGAGAGUGAGAGGAGAUAUGAAGUCUCCACUUCAGAACUCAUCCGGACGACUUUCCGAUGUUCAACUCAAAGCUGCUCAGAACUUUGAGGAUCUCGAAGUGUGCCAAGCGACACUCAACAAAGUGGAGGCAGAGAAGGCAGAGGUGUUGAUGGAGCUGUCGAGACUCGAGGACUCGCAUCGCCGACUCGUUGCCGAGUUGGAUGAGGCGAAACGGCAGAUGGAGAACACGCUCGUUCGAUGCGCCGCAGAGGAACACGCUCGUCUCAAUGCCGAGGAGAUUCUGGAGGACACGAAGCGCUCGGUUGAGGUGUUGAAGAAAGAGCAGGCGAAUGCUAUGAUGAUCGAGGUGGACUAUCGAGUGACUGAGGCCAAAGAACUCGUCGAACGAGAGAAAAAGGCGAUCAUCGAGUCGUUGUCGAGUGAGUUGCAGACGGCACUUGCUGAGGAAAACGCGGUGAGAGAUCAUCUGGAGAGGAUGGAGCAUGAGAUGGAGCUCCUCAGAAGACGUGCUCGAGAGGCAGAGGAUCGAGUGGAACGGACUGCCAAUGAGAAGCACGAGAUGGUCGAACACAUUGUGUCACUUGAGGAGAAGAUGGAGAAAGCCGCGGCGUUUGAGAAGGAAUCCGCCGACUAUGCUGGGAAACUUGCUGCUCGGAAGAAGGAGAUUGAGGUGUCGAAGAAGCGAGAGGAUAUGGUGAAUGCGGCGAUCGAAGGGCUGGAAAGAGUCAGGAAGGAGGUCGUCGAAUUGACAAAGAAGACGUUAAAGACACAGAUCAUUUUGGGGAAUGCCUCGUCGAUCCGUCUCGUUUGCGAUGAACUCUGCCGCCGCCUGACCCGUGAACGUGAACUUCAACACGAGAGUGCGCAGACGAUGAAAUAUGUGAAUGACAACAUUGAGCAGCUGCAGAAGGAGAAUCUCGAGAUGCAGGCAAAGAUCAAAGAGUCUCUAGGAGUCUCAAAGAAGUCAUCGACCUCUAAUAACAAGGAGAACGCACCGCCUCCAGUGGUGUCGUCGGAGGCUCCAAUCACUGCUCCACCAUCGUCCAGUCAGAAGACGUCGACGACUGCUUCUAACUUUGUCAGUCCCACCCGUCAACUCCUUCACGAAUCAACGAUGGCAGUCGACUCGAUUGUGCAGAAGCUGAAAAAGACGUAUACGAUGUCUGGAAUGGGAGCAGAACUCAAAGAAACCAUUGGAAACUUGAUCAUUGAAUCCCGUGGACUCCGUGACUUCCUCCAUCAAAAGUUGAUCCUUUUCAAGGGAAUCGAUAUGACGAUGUGGAAGAAUGAUUCGGUGGAUCAGUUGGUCGAGAAACUCGCACAAUAUCUUCAGGAUAAUUUGAUUCUUGAAGAGCAGAUUAAGAAGUAUAAGAAGGAGUUGAAACUCACGAAAACUGUUUUUCCGAAUCUCGGCGCCGACGUGCAGGAGCGAAUCAAACGUGAAAUUGGUGGAAUCGCGUCGGAUAUGGGCGCAGUGAAGGCUCUCCGCAACAAGAAAUGA